AUGUUAAAGGCUUUAGCGUGGGUUCUGGGCUGGCUGAUGUGCAAGACGGUGCCGUACGUGCAGGGGCUGUCCGUGGCAGCCUCCGUGUACAGCCUCGUCGCCGUGUCGCUCGACAGGUUCCUGGCGAUCUGGUGGCCGCUGAAGUGCCAGAUCACGAAGCGGCGCGCUCGGCUCAUGAUCGUGUUCAUCUGGAUCUUCGCCAUCCUCGUCACCAUCCCCUGGGUGUUCUCCUUCGACCUGGUCACGGUCUUCGAGGACAACCCGCACGUCAAGCUCUGCCUCGACGUCUGGCCCAACCCCCUCAGCGAGGUCCUCUACUUCGUCAUCGGCAAUCUCAUCUUCUGCUACAUCCUGCCGAUGCUUCUCAUCACCAUGUGCUAUAUCCUCAUCUGGAUCAAGGUCUGGCGGCGUGAUAUACCUUGUGAGACGCAAGACGCUCACAUGGAGAGCAUGCAGCAGAAAUCUAAGGUGAAAGUCGUGAAGAUGCUAGUAGCAGUGGUUAUCCUGUUCGUCCUGUCGUGGUUCCCGCUGUACCUGAUCUUCGCACGGAUCAAGCUCGGCGGCGCGAUCCAGAAAUGGGAGGAGGACAUGUUCCCGAUCGUGACGCCGCUGGCGCAGUGGCUCGGCGCGUCCAACUCGUGCAUAAACCCGAUCCUGUACGCGUUCUUCAACAAGAAGUACCGGAAGGGCUUCGUGGCCAUCAUCAAGAGCCGCAAGUGCUGCGGGCGGCUGCGGUACUACGAGACCAUCGCGCUGCAGUCGUCGAGCACGUCCACGCGCAAGUCCUGGCACUACAACAACAACACGCACGCUUCCAUCACGCGCCGCUCGCCGCCUGUUGACAAGAACAACGUGUCAUUCAUCUUCAACAACACGGGCGUGUAG